AUAUCAUAUAAAAACAAAUAAACGAGUUAGGUAUACAAUACAAAGUUUGCGAUUUUCAGGGAAGGACUCAAAACCUCCGAAAUCGCAGGGAAGGACUUUCCGGCUGCUAUAAAUACUCUCUUAUUUUUUUUAACCUAAAAUAAGCCACACCGCCUACUUUUCUCUCUAUCUAAUACUACUACUACUACUAAUUUUUUCUUUUUAAUUGAAGUUUUGAUUUUAGCUCUGUUUUUUCAUUCACCAUGACUAUACUAAUUGAGCAGCUUCCUGUUGAGAUCCAGGCAGAUGAAACGAAUAUUCAUGCUCAGAAUCAAAAGGAAUUGGUAUUGGGUGAUGGAUUUGCAGUUCCUGAAACCAAUGCAUUUGGCCAUAAUUUUAGGGACUACACUGUUGAAAGUGCAAGGCAACAAGGGGUAGAAAAUUUUUACAAGAUCAAUCACUUUAAUCAAACCUAUGAUUAUGUAAGUAAGAUGAGGGUUGAAUAUGCAAAAUUGGACAAAGCAGAAAUGAGCAUCUGGGAAUGCUGUGAAUUAUUGAAUGAUGUGGUUGAUGACAGUGACCCUGAUUUGGAUGAACCUCAAAUUCAACACUUGUUGCAAAGUGCUGAAGCCAUUAGGAAAGACUAUCCUGAUGAAGAUUGGCUCCAUUUGACUGCCCUUAUUCAUGACUUGGGGAAAGUGCUUCUUCUUCCUAGCUUUGGAGAGCUUCCUCAAUGGGCUGUUGUUGGUGACACAUUCCCUGUUGGCUGUGCUUUCCAUGACUCUAUUGUUCACUCCAAGUACUUUAAGGAAAAUCCUGACUACAAUAAUACUGCUUACAAAAGCAAAUUUGGAGUUUACUCUGAGGGUUGUGGACUAGACAAGGUGUUGAUGUCAUGGGGUCACGAUGAUUAUAUGUACUUGGUUGCAAAAGAGAAUGGGACAACGUUGCCAUCAGCUGGUCUUUUCAUCAUUAGAUAUCAUUCAUUUUAUGCCCUGCAUAAGUCUGGAGCUUACAAGGAACUAAUGAAUGAGGAAGAUAAGGAAAAUCUUAAGUGGCUUCAUAUUUUUAACAAAUAUGACUUGUACAGCAAAAGCAAAGUUCAGAUUAACGUGGAAGAGGUCAAGCCUUACUACAUGUCUCUAAUUGAAAAGUAUUUCCCAGCAAAGCUGAAAUGGUGAGGAGGAGAUGGUAGCAUAGGGAAGAGCUGACAAAUGAAAAUAAAUAAUAAAGACUGUAAUGGUCUAUAGUUUACUAGUUUUUUUAAUUUUUUAAAAUUUAUCUUUAAUUUAUGUAUUUUUGUAUUAGUGUUUUGCGAUGUAAAAAUAUGAUCCAGCUAAUAAACAAUAAUAAAAGUGGUUGUUUUAGUUGAUGGCCCAAUUUCAGUUUCA